ACCAGCUUGCAGCACCUGUUCCGAAUCAAAGAAUUGAGCCUUUUCUAUCGAAAGAAGCAUCAAUCAUAGCAGAAUUAGGACAAAACAACAUGCACUCGCACUCUCCCCAGUCCAAUGAAAUGAGUGUGUUUCAAGACAGAGUUGGCAGAUCAAUCCUUGCAACCUUUAUUGCAGCACUUGGUACGGUCAGCUUUGGGUUUUGUCUGGGAUAUUCAUCGUCUGCGUUGGUGGAUUUACAAAGCAGUGAUGCACCUUCUGCAGUUCGUUUAUCCGACGAUCAGGCAUCUUGGUUCUCGUCUUUAGUUACCAUUGGAGCUGCUCUCGGAAGUGCCAUUGGUGGAUGGGCGAUUGACAAGCUUGGUCGGAAACGUACCAUUAUGUUUUGCACGGUUCCACUUGUGCUGGGUUGGCUUCUCAUUAGCUACGCUAAGAAUGUUGCCAUGCUUUACGCUGGUCGGAUCAUUACAGGCCUGGGCUGUGGUGCAGUCUCACUGACUGUCCCGGUCUACAUUGCUGAAAUUUCAGCUGCAAGGGUACGUGGUGCACUUGGGUCUGUCAACAAUUUGGCCAUCACUGUUGGCCUUAUACUAGCCUAUGUGGCGGGUGUCUUUUGUCACUGGAGAUGGCUGGCUUUUAUUGGUGCAAUUCCUCCUAUGCUUCAAAUUAUUCUUUUGUUUCCUAUGCCGGAGACUCCUUGCUGGUUGCUGGGAAAGAACCGCAGAAGUGACGCGCUAGAAUCCUUGUUUUGGUUAAGAGGUCCUUCUGCAGACAUCGAAGAUGAAUGUAUCACUAUCAAAGAGACCAUUG